GUGUGUGUGAUGGAAUGGCUGCAAAAGUGUCAGGGGAGUGAACCUGAACUACUUCCUGCUUUAAACUCCAGCUGUGGUCACGUGUUGGGAGUCUUCUGAAGAGGAUCUGCUUCAUUAGAAUGAACUUUUUCAGUUCCCCUUUCAGAGGAAAGAUUUCCAGUCUUUGCUCGGAGUGGAAACUACACGGUGGACCUAAAUUGCGCCUAAAGACCACCCAUCCGCUUUUGCGGGAGUGGAAUGCGGUGUGAUUGCGGUAUAGGAGCAGGAUCCGGAUCCCAUCACUUUGUAAUCGGACAUCUUCAGGGUGUUGUCUGGGAGGAAGUGGCUGUUUGUUGGGGGGGGGGCGGCGGAAUGGACCGGAACGGAGCAGACUCGCCUGUCAGCAGCAGCGACGCCCACGUCCCGCUGUCCGUGAGACAGGGCACCGUUGUGGAGCGGCUGUCCAGAUACGGAAUGCAGGUCAUGCCCAGCGCCUUCCAGCGGAGGUCGAGGUUGCAGAAGAUGCAGGAGGUCAGCGACGGCUCUGCAGCUGGAGCGCUGCGGAGGGACUCCACGGAGGAGUCCCCCACGCAGUCCGUGCGUAAAAAGUACCUGAGAGAACUACGCCAGAGCUGCAGCUUGGGCGCGCUGCCCUCGCAGAGCUGCUGCGUGGAGGACGCAGAGUGGGCUCUGUACCCCGUGGAGCAUGCGUGGAUGCUGUCCGCCGUGGAGGGAAACUACGAAACCAUCCUGGAGUUCAUCUCCGAGGACCCCUACCUGAUCUCCAGGAGGGAUUUCAUCAGCGGUUACUCCGUCUUGCACUGGCUGGCCAAAAGAGGACAGGGUGAGACUCUGAUCCAACUCCUGCGGUACGCGGAGAGCGCGGGGAUCUGCGUGAACGUCAACCUGCGUGGCAGCGGAGGCCUCACGCCGCUUCACGUCGCCAGCAUGCACAGCCAGUACAUGGUCGUCAAGCUACUGGUGGGAGCCUUCGGCGCAAGCGUGGAUGUCAUGGACUACAGCGGAAGGAGAGCCUGGCAGUACCUGAAGGAGGGCGCCCCGGCAGAGAUGAAGGAGCUGCUGGGGGCCUGGGAUGAGGAGCACAACUGCAACCACAACAACAACACCAGCGCUGGAGAGGGGAACCAGACCCCUAUGGAUGAGGAGGAAGAGGAGGCAGACUCCAGGGACACGCAGGAGCUGAAGACCUUCAACCUGACUGUCAGAGGCAGCUGGAGGCAGAGCUCUCUGAGGAAACUGCUUUCCUCUUUUCCAUUUAUAGGAAGUAAAACCUGAACAAGAAGCGAAUCUUUUCUGGUUGACUUUUACUCCCAAUAAAAAGACUAAACUCA